AAAAAAAAGAAAACAAAACAAAACCGUCACUAGUCAUCCACCUCGAUCCUAUCCAUUUUCUUUCGAAGCUACUAGAAGAACCUUGUCGAGUCGAAUUUCCACUAUUUUACUCGGAAGGUUUCCCUCACUUCUCCUCUUCAGCCCAUCUUUAUCCAAAAACCAAAAUUAAAAAAGAAAACAAUAGAAACUAAACUUUCAGUAAACAGCCAUGGAUGCAUCAAAGGUAAACCAGUUGAAGCAUUUCGUCGAACAGUGCAAGUCCAAUCCUUCGAUUCUCCGCGAUCCUUCUCUCUCCUUCUUCCGCGACUACAUCGAGAGUCUCGGCGCCAAGCUUCCUCCCUCCGCUUACGAUCACGGAGACUCCAAAUCGAGCUAUGUUGUGGAUGAGAGCGACGAGGACAUGGCGGAGGAUGAAGGCAAGCACGGCAAUGUCGAAGAGGAAGAAGAAGACGAGAUAAUCGAAUCCGAUAUCGAGCUAGAAGGCGACAUUGUUGAGCCCGAUAACGAUCCUCCACAGAAGAUGGGAGACCCGUCGGUGGAGGUCACUGAGGAGAAUCGUGACGCCUCGCAGGCGGCCAAGGCCAAGGCCAUCGAAGCCAUUUCGGAAGGUAACUUGGAGGAGGCGAUAGAUCAUCUCACUGAAGCAAUUUCGCUUAAUCCAACAUCCGCGAUCAUGUAUGCGACAAGAGCUACUGUUUAUAUCAAGAUGAAAAAACCCAAUGCUGCAAUUCGUGAUGCCAAUGCCGCUCUUGAGAUUAAUCCCGACUCUGCAAAAGGUUACAAGUCUCGGGGCAUGGCACAUGCAAUGCUUGGUCAAUGGGAAGAGGCAGCAAAGGAUCUUCAUUUGGCAUCAACUUUGGACUAUGAUGAAGAAAUAAAUGCCGUACUUAAGAAGGUUGAACCAAAUGCUCACAAGAUUGAGGAACAUCGUCGUAAAUAUGAUAGGCUGCGUAAAGAGAGGGAGGAGAAAAAAAUUGAACGUGAGAGACAAUGUCGCCGAGCUGAAGCUCAGGCUGCAUAUGAGAAGGCAAAGAAGCAAGAAGAAUCAUCUUCCAGUAGAAAACCUGGUGGUUUUCCGGGUGGUAUGCCUGGAGGUUUCCCCGGAGCUGGAGGUUUCCCUGGAGCUGGAGGUAUUCCUGAAGGUUUUCCUGGUAGCAUGCCCGGAGGAGUGCCUGGAAAUGUUGAUUUUAGCAAAAUAUUGAAUGAUCCUGAACUAAUGGCUGCAUUUAGUGAUCCGGAAGUCAUGGCUGCUCUUCAAGAUGUAAUGAAGAACCCUGCUAAUCUUGCAAAGCAUCAAGCAAAUCCAAAGGUGGCUCCCAUCAUUGCCAAGAUGAUGAGCAAAUUUGGCGGACCAAAAUGAAAUGUUCAGGAAAGGUCUAGAUUGCGAAGUGGGUGUAAAGGUUGUUUUUCUUGAUGGAAUUUGGGGUAGCUUGAUGAAACUUUCCUAAUUUUAUUUCAUCUUAUUUCUUGUUUUGACGUUUGAAUUCCAUGUUUAUCAACUGUUUUGUCAUGGGUAAUUAUAUGUCCUCACUAAUAAACAACUUUGAGCCGAUUUACUGUU